GUGACAGAGAAAAACAACUAAAAUUACGGCUAGUUAAAAUGUGUAUAAUGAGACUAACAUAUAGCAUGUUUUGGAUAAUGCACUGGAGAAACACUACUUAAUUUAAAUAACGUUCGUAUUCAUAUUUUGGUUGGUUAACCUUUGAAAAAUAUUCCACUGAAUUUGUUAUCAGCCAAUAUUGGACGCUAACGUUGCGGUCACGCUAAUUAGCGGUUUUUCUUUGCAUACUUAUAGGACUCUUUCUCGAAAACUAUUCUGCACAGAGGCAUCAUCAAACAAGCUUUAGAGAGACAGCAAGGAUCAAAGCUCACGAAAUGGCUUCCAAAGCGUUCGUUCUGUUGUGUUUCCUUGCCCUGCUAGGGCAGCUGUCUGGCUUUAAGUUAACUCGACGUGUUGGUAAGUUUAAAAAGACUAACAGGAAAAAAACCAACAAAUAAAAUAGGUAAUUUAUGAUAACAUGCCAUUCCUUAAAACAGACCGAUAGUCUGCCACCUCGCUCAAGCCCCUUUAAUGAAGAAUCUAAAGAGGUUGUAAAUAUCUCACUGAAGAAAACUUGACAAAUGAAAAGAAAAUCUGUUUAAAUAGCAUCUGUAUUGUCUAAUGUAUUUUGAUUGCUUCUAAAAACAAGGAAACACUCCGAAACGCUCUUUGCAUGCGUGUUUGCAUGUGUGUGUGCGGACCGAGUAGGCAAGGCAAAGGAAAGCCAACGAUAGCAAUUGAUACAUGCUCAGUUUUCCAGCUGCUGCAGCCUCCAUAAAGCGAAGCUUUUCAAAACUAGAUCUAGAACUGAAAUUUCAACAAGUACUAAACUUGCAAACAAGGGAAAGUAUAGUUAGAAAGUAUAGUUAUAUCAUUAUUGAAUACGAGAAAUAUCACAUGGCAGAAGAUAAUUAUAGUUCAAGAAGAAAAUCCGCGUCCUAGUUGGAUAUUUAGAGAUGCAAGAAUUCUAAAAAAAGUCCACACUGUUAAGUUGGCAUUCAGAAUUUUCGGAUUCAAAAUGCAACCACAAGCAACUAGCUGUGUCAAUUUGCCGGUGCAUAAUAAGUUUGUGACUUAAUGUUCUGACAGAGAUUAGCAUCAGUUGAUAAAACUUAACGUAAUGCGUGAAUCAAUUAUUUUUCUCUGAAAAUGUUACACUUCGCCUUACAUGCUAACUUUAACCUUAAGUUGUCAAGAAUAGUCUUUGGGCCAUGUAUCGAGGAAACUGGCUCAUUACAAAUUACGCAAUUUCGAGAAGCAAUAUUAUUUUGUUGUGAGGAGCAAGCUGGUGAAAACAAAGGAUGCAGCUGACUGUUGCACUGCAGCCGACUGUUGCGCUGCAACGAUUUAAACACGUUAUAAUGCCAUUUUUAUGCUGAAUGAGAGAUAAUUGGAGCGAAAUUGUGCUCUAGUCGAGCGAAAAUCUGAAAAUAAAUCGACCAAAAUAGUCCAUAAUGUAUACCAGAAUCAACGACUGAAAUGUUUGAAAACACGAUGGAAACAAAGGACACAGCCAAGUGUUGCUCUUUAGCUAAGUUAAAAACACAUUUAAGUUCAUUUUCAGGCUAAAUGAGCAAUAAUUGAUGAAUGUGCUCCGGUGAAGCGAGGAAUUUUUUUUGACAAUGUAAGGGCGUAAACAGGUUUCCGACUCGAACAACCCACCAAAAAAAAAAAAGGUGAAGAACAAAGAGAGAAGUCAAUAAAUUAAAAUGGAAUACAAUAAAAUUGUAGAUUAGAUACCUUUUCUCGUUUCAUAGAAAGCUUUUUUCUCGCUGUAAUUAGAAGCGAACAAUGAUUUAAGUGAUUGAUAUUGCAGCCCUCUACAUUAAUCUUGAUCAGUCGACAGCGCACGAGUGCAUAGUUUUCUUACAGAGCACUACCCAUCCGACAGAUUUAACAAAGUUGCAGACAGAUAGAAAGCCAUGGCAAGCUUACAAAGAUUCCGCUCCUUAGAUUCCUUUGUGAGAAGUCUGGGCUUGAUAUAUUUCGGAAGGCAGUGGGAUACAAAAUCCGAUAUUUUUUCCCUAGAGCUAGACUGACAAAAUUCGCUCUUAUUCAUUGAUCGUCCGAGUCUAAAGUAGCGACACAUUUGUUAUCGUCUGUAAUAUUCCUUAGUGGCCUUCAUUUUUUAAGGAUGUUGUCAUCUUCGUUUUCUGUCACAGCCAAGAUAUUAUAGAGUCUUGAGCAAAAAUAUGAUUACAUCAUGUAACGAUAAUGGUCGGUUUGUUUGGAUGAGAGACGAUAGUAUUGUCUCUCAUUCACACAAACCGACCAUUAGGUUCAGUCAAAAUAUUUGUAUGUUUUCAAGACCACUUGUAUGUGGCUUGAGAUCAAAACGUUAAUUGCAUGAACAUCAUUUUCAAAUGUAUAGAUAAGUGAACAUCACUUAAAACCCACUCUGGUGAUCAUCAACGCAACAACAUGAAAAGAAAACAUUUAAUCGUGUAGUUGCCGUUUUGAAAAUGUGUUGUUUUAAUAAAAGUUUCUAAAAUCACUUUGCGUAGGAUGACCCAGUGAUUCCAUUGUCAAGCGAGGAGCAUAGCUAUUACUCCGUUAGUAUAUAGUGGCGGAUAUUAUUGGCGUCAGAGAAACUUAAAGAAAUUAAGAAAGCCUAUUAAAAGUGGCUGUGGCUGUGAAUAAUCAUAGAACUGAACUCAUUGACUCUCAGUAAAUAAGACAAUGAUGAAGGUAGCUUAGACCGUGACUGUAGUAGUUCAACUCAUCGAGAUGAUUAUUUAUGUCUGUUGUUCAAGUAACACGGCCUGUUAUGUGACACAUUUAAAAAAUCGACGACAUGUUACGCCACCCUACACAAUAAUAACCACAGAGAUUUCUAUUAGUUUCAAAGAUAGGGGUUUGAGAAAGGAUACAUAAGGACAAAAAUAAAAUACGACAUUGUUAGUAAUUAAUUACCAGCUGUAUAAUUUCCCACUAUUAUGACAAACAGAAUGGAGUAAAUCUUUCAGUAUUUCAAAAUUACUGAUCUCGAAGAUUUGUUCAGAGAGCUCUCGGACAAGAGGGACCCAGCAGAACCAUUCUGUUGAAAUUCUAUAAGACCAUUGAUCCACUUGAGACACCAAACAUUGAUAUGCACUAAAUUUAGCUCAUCAUUAUUUUUACAGACCUUGAACGCUUUAGCCAAGAGCUUGAGGAUGUAAAGAACUACAUCAAAAGUUUGGGUAAGAGCAAGUAG